AUGUCCGCCGUCAACGCUCACUCUGUUUCGGUCGAAAGAAGCCCAUGUAAAGUAUAUUUUGAAUUUGUUCCUUAUGAAAAGUGGUCAUUUCAUAGUUAUAUAACUUUAUUAGUUGAUAACUAUGAAAACGUUGAUAAAAUGGAUGCUCACUUUUCCUUCUAUAGAAUGUUAAGUUUAAUUAAUGACGAUGAAAAAAUGUCUCAAGAAGUCCGUGAUGUCGCCCAGAGACUCUUGAUAAGCAAAAAAACCAAUGUUCUUAAAGCUAAUAAUAGCUUCUGGAACACUUCAUCACCAACAACGUCAUCAUCUCAUAAAGGAAUAAAGAGAAAGUGCCUACUAAAGAUGGUAAUGGGUGGUCAGCGAUCGGUCAAAAACCUUAACUGA